AAUUUGUUCCCCAUCUUAAUCAAAAGCUUAACUUUCUUGUGAUCAAAACUCAAGCUAGCUUAAGAGAAAAUGAGCGUAGAAGUAUUGGAUGGUGCCACAAUUGUCAACUUUGUGGAGGAUGAAGAGGCAUUCAACCUUGCGGUACAUCAUCGUUUUGGUAAUCUUGACACUAACCAUGAUGGUCUACUUUGUUAUGCAGAGAUGUUGAAGGAGCUUCAGUCUCUGAGGGUCUUCGAGACACACUAUGGCAUUGAUGUGAAGCCAGACCCAGAAGAGAUUGCUCGUGUCUAUGACUCUCUGUUCGUGCAGUUUGAUCAUGACUCAAAUGGGGCCGUUGAUUUGGAAGAGUUCAAGGCUGAAACCAAGCGUAUGAUGCUUGCUAUGGCCAAUGGGAUGGGGUUCUUGCCAGUUCAAAUGGUUUUGGAAGAAGAUAGCUUCCUGAAGAAAGCUGUGGAAAGAGAGUCCACCCAAAUCAAGCAGCUGCUUAAUUAAGCUCAUUACUAGAUUGUAUUUGUCUACUUGCUACUUUUAAGAGCCUUAUGCGAAUUGUUGAUUUUUAUGUUUGAUUUCCUUUUUGCUAAUGAAAAGUAAAAUCACUGUAAUUCUUUGGAUUUUAUGA